AUGCGACGCCUUGGAGCAAAAUUUGUUUCCGCGGAAAGAACACCUCAAAGCGAAUCGCCAUCCGCAAAGGCCUUAGCUACCAAAAUACCCCUCUCUCUUCCAGCCCCCGCUCAAAGUAUUUCGGGUUUACGAGAGUUGAACAUUGGAACACCUAGCGAGAGUGAGGACAUUGCGAUGAAGGAUGUGUCUGAUGGCAGCCUAGGGUUAGACCCACGGAGGACGAGAGCUACUCUAGGGAACGGGAUCUCUGCGGGUUCUGCGAGUCCUUCUCGUGGCGGAUCUGCUUCGCCGCCGCCUCGUCGUCCAAAGGCGAGACCGACAUCCACACCAGGCUCAUUCGGUCCAGAAACAGAAUCUCGGCAACCUGGCAUGUUUGACAUACCUCGGCCUCCUGCUAAGAACAAACAGUUAUGGUCACCGGAUCAAGAUCUCCCCCUAGCGAGGACAUCGUUGGACCGGCCUAACAUUGCUUCCGUCCAGGCACAAAGGUCAAGAGCGCAAGCGUUGCGGCCAAAAUCUCGCAAGUCAUUUAAUCUAUCACCGCAAACCACGGGUUCAAGACAGCCGCUUACCCGGCAUGCUCAGACUACUGGAACGCCUUCUACUAGCUUUAGCAAGGCAAAUCCAGCACAAGCUUCUCAAGCAAUCCCUAGAGAUGAAUCGUUUAACAUUAUGUUGCAACCAGAGACGAGACAGAUCUCCCAAGAACAACUCGUCGCAGAAGUAAAAGCCAUUUAUGCCGGCUUGGUAGCGGUUGAGGCCAAAUGUAUCGAGGUCGACAACAAACAGGCCACGCUUGCUGAGCAAUGGCCGGCUCUCAUUGCUCUACAUCGCACUCUCCUCCACGAGCACAACGACUUCUUCCUGGCUUCUCAACAUCCUUCUGCGAGUCCAGCACUCCGCCGCCUAGCUUCCAAAUAUGCAAUGCCAGCACGAACGUGGCGGCAUGGUAUGCUUUCCUUCUUAGAAUUGCUCAAAGAUCGUCUUCCGGCCUCGCUAGAUGACACACGCGACAAGCUGACCUUUAUGGAACUUGCAUACACGAUGAUGGAUCUCCUCCGCGAGGCUAAUCCUGCAUUCGAAGACACAUGGAUUACAUGUCUUGCGGAUUUUAAUCGUCAUCUGAGCUCAAUCAGAAACAAUUUUAAGGAUACGUCGGCCUGGGCUAGUCUUGUAAGAGAGUGGCAUUCAGACGUGUCAAAUAAGUUCUCCGUGGCACUAUCUUAUGUACCCAAGGUGUAUGCCAAAUCCGCGUUCUUUUUCCGAAAAGCGAUUCGGAUUAGUGUCAACGGCAAAGAAUGUCUUGCACGGCCGGAUUCUGGCUCGGAGAAGGAUGUUUGUUCCGAGGCAUUUGCCAAUCAACAUGGGCUUCACAUCAGCCAGAAUGAUGAAGACAAAAUAUUAUUCAAGUUGGGCACCAAGACAGAGGUUCAAUCAAUCGGUCGGACGCUAGUAAGUUGCGGCCUUGCUUCUGAUACGAAUCCUCCUGAGGAGCGCUGGUUUUGUGUCCUGAAGAAAUGCGUCGCCCCAAUAAUCAUGGGAGAACGGUUUAUCAAGAAAAUAAAACUAUACGGAAGGAACAAGCAUCUCUUGGUGAGAUGUCCAAACUGGUUUGGUCGUUUACCAACUCUUAAGUAUAUCGGUUCUCCGAAUAAUCAGAUCCGCUUCAAAGCUGGAGGGCAUGCUCUGAUUGCCUGUGCUGAUACGGGAUCGGACGAAGAUUUUAUGUCGCUGGACUGCGCCAAAAGAAAUGGGUUCAAGAUUGACCGGCGGCAAAGUACAAGAAUAGUGAUUCAGCAAGCAGAUGGAUCGAUCGUCGAGACUGUAGGCCAAGUCCGUGUGUCGGUAAAGAUCGGGCCCAUGGACGAGUUCAAAAUGAACUUCCAUGUUCUACCUAAUCUCACCUGUGAAGUUAUCUUCUGCGAGGAGUUUCUUGAGCAGACAGACGGCUUCAAAACUCUUGUCGAAUCCCCUCAUGUUUCCAAGGAUGACGAUGAAGAGUUCCAAGAGGCCCCUCACGCUCUAAACACACUGAUUAACCUUGGUCCUAUCAAUGCCUAUGCCAACAGAAUCCGGUCCACCGUAGCAGAGAACACACCUCAGCAAGAGCAUGACAAUGCAAUAGUGGCUGAGAUCUAUCAACGAAACAAAGUCAACAAAUCCAUUGCCAGUAUCUCAGAUGAGAAUGAGCGCCAAGAAGCGAGAGAAAUCGAAAGCGUCAGAAAGAAUGAUUUCGAUCAGAGUCAUGCUGAAUGUGCUAUUUGCAUCCAGCGAAGCAAUCAGAAGAUAGCUCGCUGA